AGGCUCUAGACGCCGAGAGGCAGGAGGCACUUGGGAUCGUCCGCAGGGUUUGGGACUGCUACAGAGGCCGCCACGGAGCCCGCCGGAGCCACCGUUCCUGCUGCUGCCGCCGCCGCCCGAAUCGGAACCGUCGGGCUGCAGCCGCCGGCAAUGCCGCGGAGGAAGAGGAAUGCAGGCAGUAGUUCAGAUGGAACCGAAGAUUCCGAUUUUUCUACAGAUCUUGAGCACACAGACAGUUCUGAGAGUGACGGCACGUCACGACGGUCUGCCCGAGUCACCCGCUCUUCAGCCAGGCUAAGCCAGAGUUCUCAAGAUUCCAGCCCUGUUCGAAAUUUACCAUCUUUCGGCACUGAGGAGCCUGCCUAUUCUACCAGAAGAGUGACCCGUAGUCAGCAGCAGCCCACCCCAGUGACUCCAAAAAAGUACCCUCUUCGGCAGACUCGUUCAUCUGGCUCUGAAACGGAACAGGUGGUUGAUUUUUCAGAUAGAGGACAUCUUACAGGAAAACACGAGAGACAUUUCUCCAUCUCAGGAUGCCCGCUCUAUCAUAACCUCUCAGCUGAUGAAUGCAAGGUGAGAGCACAGAGCCGGGAUAAGCAGAUAGAAGAAAGGAUGCUGUCCCACAGGCAAGAUGACAACAACAGGCAUGCAACCAGGCACCAGGCACCAACAGAGAGGCAGCUGCGGUAUAAGGAAAAGGUGGCUGAACUCAGGAAGAAAAGAAAUUCUGGACUGAGCAAAGAGCAGAAAGAGAAAUAUAUGGAACACAGACAGACCUAUGGGAACACUCGGGAGCCUCUCUUGGAAAACCUGACGAGUGAAUAUGACUUAGAUCUUUUCCGAAGAGCACAAGCUCGGGCUUCUGAGGAUUUGGAGAAGUUAAGGCUUCAAGGCCAAAUAACAGAGGGGAGCAACAUGAUUAAAACAAUUGCUUUUGGCCGCUAUGAGCUGGAUACUUGGUACCAUUCUCCCUAUCCUGAAGAAUAUGCACGGCUGGGGCGUCUCUACAUGUGUGAAUUCUGUUUAAAAUACAUGAAGAGCCAAACAAUACUCCGCCGACACAUGGCCAAGUGUGUAUGGAAACACCCCCCUGGUGAUGAGAUAUACCGCAAAGGCUCCAUCUCUGUGUUUGAAGUAGAUGGCAAGAAAAACAAGAUCUACUGCCAAAACCUGUGCCUUUUGGCGAAGCUUUUUCUGGACCAUAAGACGUUAUACUAUGAUGUAGAACCUUUCCUGUUCUACGUUAUGACAGAAGCGGACAAUACUGGCUGUCACCUGAUUGGAUAUUUUUCUAAGGAGAAGAAUUCAUUUCUCAACUACAAUGUAUCCUGUAUCCUUACCAUGCCUCAGUAUAUGAGACAGGGCUAUGGCAAAAUGCUCAUUGAUUUUAGUUAUUUACUUUCCAAAGUGGAAGAGAAAGUUGGCUCUCCAGAGCGCCCCCUGUCGGACUUGGGCCUCAUAAGCUACCGAAGCUACUGGAAGGAAGUGCUGCUCCGGUACCUGCACAACUUCCAGGGCAAGGAGAUUUCCAUCAAAGAAAUCAGCCAGGAAACAGCUGUGAAUCCCGUGGACAUUGUCAGCACUCUGCAAGCCCUUCAGAUGCUCAAGUAUUGGAAAGGCAAGCACCUAGUUUUAAAGAGACAGGACCUGAUAGAUGAGUGGAUAGCCAAAGAGGCCAAAAGGUCCAACUCCAAUAAAACCAUGGAUCCAAGCUGCUUAAAAUGGACCCCUCCCAAGGGCACUUAAAGUGACCUGUCAUUCUGAGCCAGCGAGCCCCAGCAGUAGGAAUCCGUACCCUAGGGAUCUGUCUGUCAUUUCUGUUGCUCUUGUGAUUGGCAAGUACAGUAUCCUUUGGGAAGGCCACCCCUCAGGACUGUCCUGGCUCCGACCUUUGUGUACUCUGCAGACACUAGUUCUGAGGAACUGUUGUUUCGGCCUCAGUGAGGUUGCCUGGACGGAUCUGUAUCAGGCUCCAGUGCAGAUCCUCAUAGCACUGACCCAAGGAGUUGUGUUAUGGUACUGUACCUGUCCAGUCACUGGUUGUUCCCGCCUCAUGCUCUUUAUCCCCAUGAGGUCUGUUGUGUCCUGAACUUUGUGCUAGUGCUUUUUCCUGCCUGGUCACCAGACCUCCAAACAUGGUUGCCACCGAAGGGCCCUUUCCAGUUAUUCCUUAAACAUAGUCUUCGUGAAGGGGCGGGGAAGAGGCAGCACUUGUGAGUAUAUGUGUGUCUACUGGGAGGGGUCCAUUCACCUUGAUUUCAUCUCACAAUCACUUCUUUUUCUCCAUUGUUUGUCCAGUGACUUGCCUUUGGUCAGGAUCAGGCUGGCCCGAGCUAGGUUCUCCUGAAGCAUUCCCAGGGGACCACAGCCCCUGGUCCAGUGAGAUGGGGGGAGAGGAAGAGGUGGUGACUUCAUGUUCUCCUUUGUAUUCACUUGUGGGCACUGGGGCAGUAUCUUGCUGGAAAGAAAUGGAUAUUCUUUUUUCCACAGCAGAAAGUGCCCCUCUCUUCAUUUCCUGCCCCUUUUAUGUUGGCAAUUGCCAAGUAUUUUAACAGUUUCAUGCCACAUGUUAAUUGAUUUAUCACACUGCAGAUAUUUCCACCUGCCUUUGCCAGUCUGGUGUAGGGCAGCUGUACUUCCACAUACGUUGCACUGAUUUUGUCCAGAGCUUCCUGGGAGAAGUGGAAGGUGGUUGAAAAUGACUUGUGUUUCUCAGCCCAUGACUCAGCAAGACAGAGUGGCCACACCACUACGGUUUGCUUCCCUUCUCCAGUGCCUCCCCCAGCAGGCUGAAGUGCUUCUGUCCCUCCAAGAACUUCAUUUCCCUUUUGGGACUUCACCAUCAUCCUCUUCUCUGGUUCUAUUUUUAGUGGUGUUAAGUGAAGGAAGAAGUGUUCCCUCUAAUUUCUCCCUGUCCCGUUAUAUAACCUGCUAUCUUGGGGCAGCUUUUGAUGUCUGACAUGUCACCCUUCCCAACUUGGUCUCCUCCAGCACUGCUGUCUUCACGUGGCACCCUCACCACAACCCUAACUCUGGUCAUUUGUGCCUUUCUCUUGUCAUCUGUACACUACUAAUCCUCACUGUGGGUUGGAGGGAGCUGAGCUGAAGCAUGGUCAGUGGCAGCCCUCCAGGUUCAGUGUCACUGUUAACAUUGAUCCAAAUGCCGCUUCACUGGGGCUUUUCUUAAGGGGUAAAGGCCUUUUACAGAUGCUGAACCCUUCCCCACGUGUGGUAGAAUGUGCUCUUCUAUAUCUACUCAAUAAAGCAUGUUCUCUGCUCA